AAGAAGUACACUCCUGUUGCACCGGGAGGCUGGUGUUUUUCCACUCUCAGUGAUAUCACACGCGCGCCCGUUAUAAGGAACUGGAGUCCAGGAAAUAAAAAAAAGCGUGCGAAUUAUUGUGUUGCGAGCGCUCCGUUACCUAUUCUCCGCACAACAACUAACAAGCAAGAAAGGGAAGGACCUAAGAGCACAAUCAAGUAGUCGACAGCAUGGCCCAGAAAGAGAAGCUUCAGUAUUUGAAGGACUUUCAUAAGGACACACUGAAGCCGUCUCCGGGUAAGAGUCCCGGCUCGCGGCCAGAGGACGAGGCGGAGGGCAAGCCUGCACAACGUGAGAAAUGGGCAAGCAAGAUGGACUUCCUGUUGUCUGUGGCUGGGGGCUUCGUGGGUUUAGGGAACGUCUGGCGUUUCCCUUACCUCUGCUACAAGAAUGGCGGAGGUGCAUUUCUCAUCCCCUACUUCAUCUUUCUGUUUGGUGGAGGGCUGCCUGUGUUUUUCCUGGAGGUAGCCCUCGGUCAGUACACUUCUGAGGGAGGCAUCACCUGCUGGGAAAAACUGUGUCCCAUUUUCACCGGCAUCGGCUAUGCCUCCAUAGUGAUCGUCUCUCUGCUUAAUAUCUACUACAUCGUGAUCCUAGCCUGGGGGCUCUAUUACCUCCUAAAUUGUUUCCAGCCAACACUACCCUGGGCUACGUGCAGGCACAGCUGGAACACUGACACCUGUGUGGAAGACACUGUCCGCAAGAACAAAAGCCUUUGGCUGAUAGCUAACGGCACCAACAGCACCAACGCCAGCGCUGCUGCUGCUCUCAACUUCACCUCACCUGUUACGGAGUUCUGGGAGCAUAAUGUUUUGUCCAUCUCCUCUGGCAUUAAUGAGAUUGGCCCCAUCAAAUGGGACCUGGCCCUGUGCCUGCUGGCCGUGUGGGUCAUCUGCUUCUUCUGCAUCUGGAAGGGGGUCAAGUCCACCGGCAAGGUGGUGUACAUCACUGCUACGUUCCCCUUUGUCAUGCUCCUGGUGCUUCUGAUCCGAGGGGUCACACUGCCCGGUGCUUCAGAGGGCAUCAAGUUCUACUUGUACCCUGACCUGGCCCGUUUGAAGGAUCCAGAGGUCUGGAUCGAUGCAGGAACUCAGAUUUUCUUUUCUUAUGCCAUUUGUCUGGGGGCAAUGACAUCACUGGGGAGCUACAAUAAGUACAAAUACAACUGCUACAGGGACUGUCUGCUGCUGGGAUGCCUCAACAGCGGAACAAGCUUUGUGUCUGGCUUUGCUAUAUUCUCCGUCCUGGGCUUCAUGGCACAAGAGCAAGGGGUGGCCAUCGCAGAUGUGGCAGAGUCAGGUCCUGGGCUUGCUUUCAUUGCCUACCCUAAAGCAGUAUCAAUGAUGCCCAUGCCGUCCUUCUGGGCCAUCCUCUUCUUCAUCAUGCUGCUGCUGCUAGGAUUGGACAGCCAGUUUGUAGAAGUGGAAGGCCAGAUUACGUCGCUGGUGGAUCUGUAUCCCUCCCUCCUACGGAAGGGCUAUCGUCGAGAGAUCUUCAUCGCUGUGAUUUGCUUCAUUAGUUAUCUACUGGGGCUCACCAUGGUCACCAAAGGUGGCAUGUACGUGUUUCAGCUAUUUGACUACUAUGCAGCCAGUGGUGUGUGCCUAUUAUGGGUUGCAUUCUUUGAAUGUAUUGCUGUAGCCUGGGUUUAUGGCGCUGAUAAUUUCUAUGAUGCGAUUGAGGACAUGAUUGGAUACAGACCAAACCCGUGGAUGAAAUGGAGCUGGACUGUGGUCACACCAGUCUUGUGCGUGGGUUGUUUUGCCUUUUCUCUGGUCAAAUACAAGCCCCUGACGUACAACAAGGUGUAUGAAUACCCUCAGUGGUCCAUCGGUGUAGGCUGGACUCUUGCACUGGCCUCUAUGGUGUGCAUCCCAAUGGUGGUGGUCAUCAAGAUCCUGCAGUCCGACGGGUCUCUGAUAGAGCGCAUCAAGGCAGUGGCAGCUCCAGUGGCGGGCUGGGCGAGCUCUCGAACCAAAGAAAACGGCCUGAAGAACAGUGAGCUCCUGCACCCGCUGGACCCCAGCGGGGCCAUCGCGCUCACCAAACCCACCCACACCAUCGUCGAGACCACCAUGUAACGUCGCCCGACACACUCACACGCCCCUUUCCCCGUCGCCAUCGUAGAAAAAAAACAAAUACUUUUUAGCCCUCUCUAUGAGAGAACCCCACACCUCUCCUUUUGCUUCCCUCCUCUUGUGUGUGCCCCCCCCCGCACUCUUCUCUCCGCCCCCCUCCCUGCUGAAUUAGGACCAGGUGUAACUUAUGUGUGUGCACUAGGAAUACUCUGGCUAGUAUUUGUACUAAGGGUCGUGUGUAUUUAUGAUACACUCUUACGUGAUCUUGUGUACUCUGUACUCUCUAGGUUUUUUUUUUUUUUCUCUGGCCUUUUUUGAUUUGUAAGAGAUGUGUAGUGUUACCAUAGUGAGCUUCAUUCUUGGAUAUCAGGCAGUAUUUGCUUUAAACGACUGUGCUGCUUGACCACUUUACUGUAGAAGACUGGAAAGAGUUUGGAGGAGAUGUGGGGAAGUUAUUGGUCGAGAUAAGAAGGAGGGCAGAACUAUAUACCGUAGGUUUCCAGAUAGCUGUGGAAAAGAUUAAUGUCCUCGCAUAGUUUUGUGGCAGUACAUCCUUGUAAUCUGAAGAGGCUGUUUCUGAUUUGUUGUCGUGAUUUUUGAAACUGAAUGUACAGUACCUCCACCUUAACCAGUGGAAGCGCAGUCCAUAUACACACAAGACACACAGACAAACACACACACACACACACACACACACACACACCCACACACACACACGCGCGCACACACACACACACACACACACACACACACACAAGCUUCACACCUAAUGAAGUUGGAGCAUCCUCCUGCACACACUUACUAUAGACUGAAUGUAUCAUUUCAGCCUACAUACGUCAUCAUCAACAUUCGCCUCAUUCAAUGUCAAUGCAGCCGCCUCCUCUACUCUCCUCUCUGAAAUACAGUAAUCAACAAUAUAACUUUUUGUAUGUAUGUGAAUAAUGUUUGUGCUGUGGUUCUCCAGUUUAGAUCUCAGACUGUGUGUUGAAAACCUUUUCUGAUCCCCCUAAUACACUCUCAGCCCAACACCACACACACAUGGUUCCAUUGUUCUGACUUCUGAAUCUGGCUUACUGUCCUCUCAGUGCAAGUACAUGCUUUUUGUAGUAUUCAAUUUGUUUUAAAUCAUAAUAUGCCUUUUGUAUAAGCCAUUUUAUACCUUACAAGAUGUGAGCUAUGCCAGUUAUAACCUAUUUUUUCUGAAUACUUUCAUAGAUGUUGUAUUUAAAUAUUGGAUAAAAUAAGAAUCAAUACCACGGGCAGUUUGUGAUAUUUGUAAUGGAUUUGGCUUUUACCUUGAGCCCUGUCACAUGGGCCUUCCUACUGUACUGCUGGAGCGAGAAGACUGUGUAGCCCCAGCAACUGUGUCUCAUGAUCUCCCCUUGUGCACAUUUGCCCAGCUGGCACGGUGCAUAACAAACACACGUACUCCCAAAGGGUACAAAACAUUAACUAAAUAGUUUUUAUGUCAACAGAGAAAAAACUACAUGUGAACCAAAAUACAUUUGUUACAGAUUCAGCCCCUUCAAGAUGCAUAUUGCAUCUGUGUUAUUCGAAAUAAAGGUUUUUUUGCGCUAAA